AUGGCUUCCAAUGACAACGCCGACUUUAAACUAUACCGCUAUACACCCUCUCUCGUGGCUGCAAUCAUCUUCCUUGUUCUGUUUGUCUUCUUGACUUUCUAUCAUCUUUACCAGGUUGUUCGUACGAGAUGCUGGUACUUUACAGUCUUCGUCGUUGGAGGUACCUUUCAAAUAAUAGGUUACAUUUGCCGCGCACUGGCUCAUGACGACAAAGAAAGCAUCCCAAUUUACUCAGUUGGCACAAUCAUGAUUCUGCUUGCUCCUCCUCUCUACGCAGCCUCGAUAUACAUGACUCUAGGCCGACUCAUUAUGCAUUUGGACGCUGAGGGUCUGAGCAUGGUGCCAGUAAAAUGGCUUACCGCAAUUUUUGUCACCGGGGAUGUGAUCGCGUUCGUGAUGCAAGCAGCAGGCGGCGGUAUCAUGGCAAGUGGAACUAUCAGCGCGAUGACCACCGGCGAACACAUCACAAUUGGUGGCCUCGCUGUACAAUUGGUGUUCUUCAGCAUUUUCAUCGCAACUUCAGCAAUUUUCCACGGCCGUAUUCGCAAUAAUCCUACGGAGAACGCUGUCACCCCAUCGCCUUUAUCUACAGUACUACACACAAAUACCUGGGAAACUAUCAUGACUGGGCUAUAUGUGUCCAGCAUUCUGAUUCUCAUUCGGUCUAUUUUCCGUCUUAUUGAAUACGCCCAAGGCAACGAUGGAUACCUCAUCAGUCACGAGGUGUUCAUGUAUGUCUUUGAUUCAAUGUUAAUGUUCUUCACCAUGGUUGUGAUGAGUAUUUUCCACCCAUCCAAGGUUCUUUCCCGGUCAACGAAGUCACAGCGUGCUUCGAGAAAGUCAUAUUUAUCAAACACAGAAUUGCUCCCCACAGGAGAAGUCUAG